UCACAGAUAUCUCUUCAUUAGCCAGAUCAGACAUAUGUAAAGAGAGACAUCAGUAAAUCUGGGUCAUCAGAAUCUGUGAAGAUUUGAAAGGGCCAAUGAGUAUUCUCAUCAUUGAGGCAUUCUAUGGAGGGUCCCAUAAACAGCUGGUGGAUCUGCUUCAAGAAGAGUUAGAAUACUGUGUUCUUUAUACUCUUCCUGCAAAGAAAUGGCACUGGAGAGCACGGACAUCGGCUUUGUACUUCUCUCAGAAUAUUCCCACCAGUGAGCAUUACAGGAUUCUCUUCGCAAGCUCAGUGCUUAACCUGACUGAACUGGCUGCCCUUCGGCCUGACCUUGGGAAAUUGAAAAAGAUUCUGUACUUCCAUGAGAACCAAUUGGUAUAUCCUGUCAAGAAAUGUCAGGAGAGGGAUUUCCAAUAUGGAUACAACCAAAUUCUCUCAUGCCUGGUGGCUGAUGUGGUGGUAUUCAACUCGGUUUUUAAUAUGGAGUCAUUUCUUACUUCUAUUGGAAAAUUCAUGAAGCUGAUUCCUGAUCACAGACCCAAAGAUCUGGAAAGCAUCAUCAGACCCAAGUGCCAAGUUAUUUACUUUCCCAUCAGGUUUCCUGAUGUGAGCAGAUUCAUGCCCAAGCACAAAGCAGCGCAUUUACAGAAGAUACUCAGCCUUAAAGGAAAUGGCGGUGUUGCUCCAUCCAUGGCCCUUCCUUUCCAACAGGAGCAGAGAGGUUCUGAUAAUUUAUUGAAGAAUUUUGAUUCAGAGUCUGGAUCCUGUGAUGCUGCACAACAAGAAAACCUGGGUGGCUCAGUAAGGCAGGAGUCAUACUUGAAAACAUUCAGCUCAUCAGAUAAUUCAAGCACUCAUCAUGGGGAACAUAAACAAAAUCCGUGUAACAUUUUGGCUGGAGCUGAUGAUCAACAAAGACCAUUGCAUAUUGUCUGGCCUCACAGGUGGGAGCAUGAUAAAGAUCCAGAGAGUUUUUUUAAGGUAUUGAUGCAUCUUAAGGACUUAGGACUCAAUUUCCACGUAUCUGUCCUUGGAGAAACCUUCACAGAUGUCCCAGGUAUAUUUUCAGAGUCCAAAAAGGCAUUGGGAUCUUCUGUCUUACACUGGGGCUACUUACCCAGCAAAGAUGAGUAUUUCCAAGUACUAUGCACGGCUGAUGUUGUCAUCUCAACAGCUAAGCAUGAAUUCUUUGGAGUGGCAAUGUUGGAAGCUGUGUAUUGUGGUUGUUACCCACUCUGUCCCAAAGAUUUGGUUUAUCCCGAAAUAUUUCCAGCUGAAUAUCUGUAUUCUACACCUGAACAGCUUUCAAAAAGGCUCCAGAAUUUCUGCAAGAGACCAGAUAUUGUAAGAAAACAUCUCUAUAAGAGGUUCCCCAGACUUCUGGGUGCAUCACCAAACUGUCCUCCUACUCGACGAGGAGCGAGGAGCGAGGAGCGAGCAGCUGCGAUUUGGCCCAAGGCACCACCUACCCAGAGUCACUACCUAAUGUAUUUUACAUUUCCACUGUUAAUAAAGGUGGGGGGGGGUAGACAGGCCUUCUUCCCCCCAGCAUUCUGUGUUUCCUUUUGUCGCUGCCGUCAGCUGACACAUGGAAAAUGUGGUGCACGGUUUCGCUUGCCUUUACUCUGUAAUUAAGGAUUCCUUGUCUGGGGCUGGCUACCUCUUUGCUCCUUGCCUCCCUGCCUCUCAGGUCUUCCGCCUUCGGUCGGGUUUGGCCCCGCGCCGCAGGCUGGGUGCUCGGGUGGCCCGACUGGGCCGCGGGCAGAGGGGCAGCGGCGGGGCGCGGGGGCCUCGGCCGGAAGAAGCGGUCGCUUGCCCGAAAGCGCGCGCCCCGGCGCCCGCCCUGCUCGCCCUGCUCGCCCCGAGCGUCGGGGCAGCGGCGCCAGAGCCUCCGAGAGCGCGAAGGGCUGGCCGAGGGUCCGGCGGGUCCAGGGUAUGCGGGCGCUCGCCGCGCACCCUCUCCCCGGGGCCGAUGUGCCCGAGCUCCGGUCCGCGGCGGCGCUCGCCCUCAGUGCCCCGCUCGAUCCCGGCCAAAGCGCGUGGAGGUAGUUCUACACCUCUCCCGGCGAGAGAAAACGGGACGCAGGGGGACAUCGAGGUCACGGAGUCCUCACCGAGCCCCCUCGGCGGCAUUUGAGCCCAGAGCCGAGAGCCAGAGGAGCCCCGAGGCCGCGGGGCGCGUCCCAGGCGGCGGGGCCGAGCGAGCCCCGGGCGACCGCCGCGCUCGCGCUCACAACUCGCUCGGACUCCCGGGCAAAGCCGCGCCGGCACGCGUACGCCGGCGCGCUCACAGUCCGACACGCGCACACUGUCACGCACACACGCGGGCACGCACCCCGGCACGCGCGCACCGACACUCACAUGCUGACACACGCACACGUGGCGGAUGGCCCAGUGCUGCCCUGGCUCCCUCGCGCCGGGCUUGACUGGUCCCCUCCGCACCUCCGGGAAGGCGGCGUAGCCCUGGCGGGCAGAACUCUUCUCUGUUCGUCUAAGUAUUUUAUUGUACUUGGUUCCUUGAGUCGGCCAGUCUCAUACCUCAGUGAGAGCAUCCGACAAAGAUGAAGCAAAAAGAAUGAUUUCUCUCCCCGCUGUCCUUUUUAAAAAAUGUAACUUAAGCAAAAACAGAGAAGGGAGUGGGGAUGGGCUCGGGAACUCUCCAGGCAGGGAUUCUGGCUAUUAAUUUUAAAAUACUCCUCUUCGAAUCUCUCAUAUAUUCAGACUUGUGAUUUCAAUCCCACUGCCAGCCCUCAGGUCGCCUUUCUUUUCACUUCAUACCUGUGUUUUGGAUUGCAAACUGUUUCUCCUCCUGACCACCAAUUGUUUAUUUAGAAGGCGCAAAGAGGGUGGGGGACAGAGAGGUUAAGCAGUGUUUGGGUAGGAGAAUAUCUAGAAGUAUCACACUGAUUUCCAAAAAAACGUGGGAAAACGUUUAAUAUCAUUUUGAGGCAUCUAUGUUUUUAAAAGGGCCUCCUUCCCGCUAGUAUUACUAUUUAUCAUUAGGUAUUUAUUUGCAUAUACACAUUUAAAACUGUAUGUUUAAGAGAAAAAUGCCUUUUGUUCUUGGUUUCAGCAGAGCCCUUUCCUUUUCUGUCCAUCUAAGUUGUAGCAUACUUUCCUCUCUUUCCCACCAACAGAGAUUGUAGGCUAAAGUGGUGCACUCCAAUGACCAAAUAUAAGAACCUUAGCCUGGAGUGUUGGUGACCAUCGCUGGCACCUAUCACUCAAGAUUUUACCCCCUCUGGUUUGAAAUGGUCCUCAAACUGUAGACCUGAACGUAGAGGUUGGUUGAUUGUUUGUUUAAAAUGUGAGAAGAGCAAGCCAGGAGUAAACCGAGGUAGGGGAAGGUGGCCUACCUAAGCCCAGCCUUGGAAGCUAGAACAAGAACAAUUGGGAAGUGCAUUGAGAAGAGAAUGUCUCUAAACAAUGAUAAUCAGGGCUUUCAAAAACCAUAAAACAGAUUGAAAUAUCUGAUUUAUUAUUUAUACAUCCCAGGACAACUUUGCAAAUCUGAGAAUAGUGUUUGAAAACCGAGUGCCUUCUAUUUUGUACAUCAACUCAGCAGAUGUGUCUCCCUUCCAAAAUGUGGCCAAAGGGUUAAAACUGUAAUUUUAGAAAGGAAUCUCAGUAAAUGACCUUAAGAUCUGAUACAUUUCCUUUUCUUUCUGGCAAUAAUAUCCCCCAAAGAAAAAAAUACAUACUUAUUGAUAUAAUGAUAAUGUUUCUCAUUCUGAGUAGAAGUGUCAGAAUGAUUCCCGUUUGUGGAAGUGUUUUCAAAACUGCGAGUACACUUUCACUACUAUGAGAGCUGAUGAGCCAAUGAAGGGGAACUUCUUUUAACUCCAUAAUAGCAGGUUAUACAGUAAGUGAACAAUGAUGGUCAAAUAGCCAAUUAUGGUAUAAAUAUCCGUUGUUUACAGAGAGGUGUUAAAUGAGCCUUUGGAGUACAAAGGAUUAGACCCAUCUAAGCUACCAUUUGUUCUUCAACCCAUCAUGUCUUCCCUUAAAAAGGCCAGUGCCAUCGUAGGUAAUAUGCACACAGAACAUACUUCUCUGUGUUGAUUUUAGUUUGCUUUAUUUCAAUGCACACUGUUGUUUACUUUUUAAAAUUUAAAUAAAUGUCAGCAUUGUAUAAUUUCUAUGUUAACAAAGCAGUGAGCAAAAUCCCUUGUAUGUUUAUAAAAUAUUAUUGUUUAAUUCACAUAGUUUAGAAAUUCCAAAUGUUGAGAAUAGGAAGGAGGCCAAAUACCAUCUGUUUAUAACUAUGAUGCAUCGUAAUAUGUGUACUUUUAAAAGGAGUUUGGUCAAUCAUGCCACUAAUUUAUCUGCUCGGAAUAUGUUGAAGAUUUAAAAUGUAGUUUACAGGAUUACUUUUAGUGCGUUGCAUCCAACUGUGAGUUGUAAAGAAAUCGGUCUCUUCUGUUUUUCUCAAAUUAAUCAUGUAACAACCCCAAUUAAUGGGGGCUGUUAAAUGUGUCGCUUUUUGCUUAGCUCCAGAAUUCUUCUAACUUUGGCUCAGUCUACCUUCUUGAUGUUGAUAAAAACUCCAAGGACAAAUGAAACAAAACACUCCUAGUUGUGUCUUUCUGCCAGGAGAUAGUCACUUAGAAUGGGAGGGAGGGUAUGAUAGCUGAUAAUUAGCUAGCAGCAGCUCUGAGAAAUUACCUGUGAAAUGCCCUUGGUACUGGGUUGAAAAACAUUUGACGUUCUCUGUUUUAAAAUAGUAAAUGCUUGUCCCCAAGAUUUCUGAUUUAACUCACCUUUUAUUUCAAAUGCAUCUAAAUGCAUACCAUGAAACAAAGGGAGUACAUUUACCUGCAAUAGAUGAGCAGGUUUGGGGUUUUAUUUUUAAGUUAGAAACUCAAGUUUAGUGCGAAAUUCCUUGCUUUGCAAACUGGAGAAAUUCAGCAACAGGGCCUUCAAUUCAGGGCAGACAUAGUGUCGAAGUCCAGAGGUGGCUUUAGGGUCUCCCAUGAGGGGGUCUCUUUCUCAAGAAGGAGGAACUAAAAACUCUCAUGUCCUGAAAAAGGUUUGGAAAAUGUGAUAAAAAGACGUUGAUUAGCAAAUGACAGUUCCUAGAUUGAUUUUUAGCAAGGUCGAAUCAGUAGAAAGCUACACCUUGAAAUGCUUUUAUAGACAAACACCUGCAGAAAUAUCAAAACACUCUCCCAGUCACCUGUGGGGGUUAUGGGUCCUUUACUUCUCAGUUUUUUCAACGGGCGCUGUGUACAGCGGCUUCUUUGUCCAUUGAGCAAUAUCUGUUUUCUCAAACAUUUUAGUUUUAGCAGCUUCCUCUAAAAUUCUAUCAACCUAGAUUAUUUACUUACACAUAAUUAAGAACAUUAAGAGUCCCUUUUCCAAGUAAACAAGCUGAACUAUAUAUACUUUUUAAAAAAUCUAAUUGUGACAUUUUGUAAAUCUGGAUUUUUUUCCUUUCUGGUCGGAUUUUUUUCCCCAAAAAAUGAACCCACUGGGUCUUUAUGUUAUAGAGAUAUGCUCAGGCUUGGUUUCCUUUGAGUUGCAAUAGGAAAAUGCCAGACCCUUUUUUUCCCUAAGUAAUUGCUGAAGUGUAGAGAGUAGAAGAGAGAGUACAAAACAGAAAGAAAUGUGAGGGAUACAGAAGAAAGAAAUUGGAGAAGGUGGAGGGGAAGGGAGAUGAGAGAAGCAAAAGAUGUAACUGGGAUAAAAGAAGCUUAUCAAACAGAGCUUUCAAAAUUGCUUUGACUGGCCUAAGACAUAUUAAAAUCAUCAUCAUUUCCAAAUAAAACCUAGAUUGUUGCAUUGAGAUAUUAAACAGCUAUGGGGAGCUCUUAAGUGAACCUUGAUUGAUACUUGUGGACCAGUUUUUCCAUUCAAGCCCAAAUUUUUUUUUUUUUUUUUUU